UACACACAAGAUGGCGGCCUCCAUACGAGCUAAGUGCGGCAGGUUGAUUUGCAGAGCGAGAGGCGCGAUCGGCGGCCAGCGACGCCACUUGGUCACAUCUUCGGGUGGUGGCUUCCCAUUCCGGCCGAGGCCGCUGCCAUUCCUGCUGGUGACGGGCGGCGGUUACUAUGGUUAUCAACAUUACAAGAAGCGAGAGGACAGUGCACCGCCCGCUCUGGCCACGCCUGCUCAGGUGGCGCUCUAUCGCUCCUUCCCUACCCGCCUGCUGUCCCGGGCGUGGGGGCGCGUCAACCAGGUGGAGCUUCCCACCUGGCUCCGCAAACCCGUCUAUUCGCUCUACAUAUGGACAUUUGGAGUCAACAUGCAGGAAGCCGCGGUGGAGGACUUGAGUCACUACCGGAAUCUCGGGGAGUUUUUCCGUCGCCGUCUGAAGGAGUCGGCGCGGCCGCUCUGCUCCGCCUCCUGCUUGGUAUGCCCGGCGGACGGUAAGAUUGUACACCUGGGUCGUGUGCUCGCUUCGGAGGUGGAGCAAGUCAAGGGGGUCACGUACAGCCUGGAGCACUUCCUGGGCCCACGUGACGGAUGCAGCCACGGUGUGAUUCCUGAAGUGAGUCUGGAAGCGACUUCCUCAGUGACUGCGGCCGCAUGCGCAGGGUCAUCAGAGGCGACGUCAUCACGUCCAUCCUUCCGGGACGGCCUCCUGUCCAGCCCCGACAACGAGCUGUUCCACGUAGUGGUGUACUUGGCUCCCGGGGACUAUCACCGCUUCCACUCUCCCGCCGACUGGACGGUGGAGCUCAGGCGACACUUCACAGGUUCUCUGAUGUCGGUGAGCCCGGGUGUGGCGGGCCGGGUCAAGGAGUUGUUCUGCCUGAACGAGCGCGUGGCUUUGAGCGGCCGAUGGCGGCACGGCUUCUUCUCCUUUACGGCCGUGGGCGCCACCAACGUGGGAUCCAUACGCGUCUACUUUGAUCAACCCCGUCCCAUCCGGCAGCAGCAGCAACACAGCCAAUAGGAGAGCGGCUCGCAGCAGCCGCCGCGUCGAUGAAAGCGCGGCUCGGCGAGCCCCCCGUGAGACCACGCCUCGGCACCGCCCAUGUCCUUGGGUGCCCAAGUCGUUUUUUGGCUGAUGCCGCUCCCCGCCGCUGACGUCAUCUCGCCACCGUCCGCCCCAGUAGCUGAGCUUGCCUGCGUCUUGAGGGCCAGGAAAGACUGCAAGUCGAGGUCCAGCGCAGCAGCGCCACCCCGGGGGCGGGGCGUGUUCUGCCGGCACUGGGGGCACGGUAUCCAAACCUGACCGGGACGGACAAAACGCAGCCUUCACACAGUGGCAAGUCUUUACAUCUCCUAUAUAUAUAUAUAUAUAUAUUAGGGCUGUCAAAUUUAUCGCGUUAACGGGCUGUAAUUAAUUUUUUAAAUUAAUCACGUUAAAAUAUUUGACUCAAUUAACGCACAUGACCCACUCAAAGAUUUAAAUGAAAGUACAGUUUAAUGUUCGCUUGUUGCUUGUUUUUUGGUGUUUGGCGCCCUCUGCUGGCACUUGGGUCCAACUGAUUUUAUGUGUUACACCAUGAGUGAGCAUGGUGUAAUUAUUGCCAUCUACAAUGGCGAGCUACUAGUUUAUUUUUUGAUUGAAAAUUUUACAAAUUUUAAUAAAACGAAAACAUUAAGAGGAGUUUUAAUAUAAAAUUUCUAUAACUUAUACUAACAUUUAUCUUUUAAGAACUACAAGUCUUUCUAUCCAUGGAUCGCUUUAAGAGAAUGUUAAUAAUGUUAAUGCCAUCUUGUUGAUUUAUUGUUAUAAUAAAUACAGUACUUAUGUACCGUAUGUUGAAUGUAUAUAUCCGUCUUGUGUCUUAUCUUUCCAUUCCAACAAUAAUUUACAGAAAAAUAUGGCAUAUCUAAGAGAUGGUUUGUAUUGCGAUUAAUUACAAUUAAUUAAUUUUUAAACUGUAAUUAACUCGAUUAAAAAUUUUAAUCGUUUGACAGCUCUAAUAUAUACGCUAAUCAUUUUUAGGCCUGAACAAUAUUGGAAAAAACUAUCAUUGCAAUUGUUGGGCCCCCUGGCGGCCGAAAUUGUCAUUGCAUGUAAUUGAAGUUCCAAUACAUGAAUUUAAAAUUAAGACUGUCGGUAAAAUAUUGUUUAUAAAAGUUGUAAAGCAAUAAAACAAACAACAAAAAUGAAUGAAAUUAACAAAAAUUUUAUAAUAGUUCAAAAUUAAUUUUCAAACAGAUCAUGUGACUAGCACCUUAGGGACUAGGGGUGUGACAAAAUAUCGAAAUGGUGAUAUAUCGUGAUACUUUGUAUCCCAAAAGGUUAUCGAUAUGCUCCUGUCAAGAAUAGAGAUAUCGUUUUAAAAAGGUGUCAAUUAAAAAAAAAAAAAAAAAGGCUGCCAUUGACGGUGCUCGACGCCCAAUCCAUUUAGACUGGGAAGUUUGAGAACAUUCAUUCAUUCAAAACCAGAGCAUUCACAGUCAUUCGGUCUGAUUUUCAGGGCAUUUACAGGUCACUUACUGUUCAUUUUAGGGCAUUUACAGGUCGUUUCCUGUUGAGUUUGAGUCCGUGCCUAUUCAUUUGGGCGAUUCUCAGGUCACUUCCUGUUCUGUAACGCAAAAUAAACAGCAAGUGACCCAUAAAAUACCCCAAAAUCAACAGGAAGUAACUGAAAAUCAACAGGUAAAUGACCUUAAAUGGCCCAAAAUUACUCCAUUGCCUGGCAUUGGCUGCCACUGACAGCCAUAGACGUUCAAUCAAAUGGAUUGGACGUCUACUAGUGAUACUCAUUCCAAUUCACAGCAGAAGCUUGUUUUUUGUAGAAUAUCCUAGAAUGAUUUCCUGACCAAUGUUAUCGAUAAUCGUUGUAUCGCUAUAUCGUCAGAUCAUCGUUAUCGUGAGCUUUGUAUCGCAAAUCGUACCAAGAGGUUCACACUCCUAUUAGGGACGGUUAUUUGCUAUUAUUUGCAAAACCAUCCGAGGACAGAUAAAACAAGAUAUAGUUUUUUUCUAACCUAAGCUUUCAAAAGCGACAACAAAUGCUGAGUGAGAACCAAGAAUUCAAGACGUGGACCAUGAAACGCCGGAGAGCGUGGUUUUAUUUUGAAAUGUUCGCUAAACCGCUAACCGAAAGCUUUACACUAAGUAAAAAAACAUUCUUCGUCAUUGCUUGUCAUGUCACUAAUAGAUUUUUUUUUUUUUUUUCGUUAGCAAAUGCUGUUAACCAGCUGUUGAGUGUUAUUGUAUGACUGAUUGGAACUGUACUGCAUUGUUUCCCCACAGGGUGUGCUGUGGUGUAUUUUAUGUUCGGUGUGACAAAGAAGAAGAAAGUUAAAAGAGGCGUGAGGCGAGCGGCCUGUUCUCAACUUCUCCCUCACUGCAUUUUGGCUCUCAUGGAGAGCACGUUCGAAAUAAUAAUAUUACGAUAAUUAUAUAAUAAUAAUACGAUAGCCAACGUGCAAAGUAGCAAGUGAGCUGUAAAAAUAGCGAGCUUAGUGGCGUAAAAAACGCGAGAGAGCUAAGUGAAGCUAAUGAACAGCUAAGCGAUGCUAAACGGAGAUAAGCGGUGCUAAAUGAAGCUCAGCGACUGAUACUCAGUCCGUUGUCGUGGAACAGUCCAUUGUAGUGCGUGUGUGUGGGGGAGAGAUAAUAUAAAUGCAGCAUUCAAUUGGCUUUAUCUUUUGUUUUGUUACUUGUUUGUUUGGUAUGCUGACAUAAUUAUACAUGACAAAUAGUUGGGGGUGCUGCUGGCUCCGGUGGCCCAAGCUCUUGCUCUUUGGGGCAAGCUGGUUGGGGGCCCCCUACAGGUUGGGGGGGCCUAAGGCGAUCGUUUACUUCGCCUGAAUAGUAGAUCCGCCUAUGCUCUUUAGAUACAAGCCGCGUCUUCUGUCCGUCUGAGAUACAAGCCAAAUUGGAUGUAUGAGUGGCGCUAGGGUUGGGCAUCGUCUGAAAAUGAACGAUUCCAAUUUCGCGUUUCGAUUCCGGUUCCGAACGAUUCCCCAUUACAAUUCUUUUAAGAGGCAGGGUAAAAAAAAAAAAAAUGCUGGGUCCAAAAAAAUUGCAUAGUUUACAUAAAAGUCUUAACUUCUCGACAUUAUUUGAAAUUAACUAAAUAUUUAGCUUAAUAUGCAAAUUCACAUGACUGGAGACCAGAAGUAACGAAAUAAAAGCUGGAGCGCACAAAAUACUCUUUAAAUAGUUUCUCCUAAACAGUGUUGUUAUUCUUACUGAAAAAAAGUAAUUAAUUAUAGUUACAAAUUACUUCUCCCAAAAAGUAAUUGCGUUAGUAACUCAAUUACCUGAAUGUAAGAGUAAUUAGUUACUUGGCAAAGUAAUUGGUGAUAAUUACUUUUUUUUUUUCCUCAAAAAAAAAAAAAAACAAAAACAAAAAAAAAAACAUUGGCCACACGAUGGGAAGUUUUUUGUGAAAGUUUUUGGUACAAUUGGCCCGAGCCCAAUUCUUUACCUUAAUUUACCCUUAACCCUGAAUCAACUGUUAAAAGUUGUUUAAAUUGCUCCCAUUAUUGCAUUAGUUCCCUUCUCUCUACUUUCGACAUAUGAAAGUUUUAAAACUGUUUCAUCAUUUAAAGAUAGAUUCAAGUCAAGAUUUUGCCGAUUUAGAAGUAUUUUAGAUUAAAGGUUACUUAGGUUCACUAGGAAGGUUCUCUACAACAGAGCUGUCCUAAAAAGUCUACUGCUUUAAGAUGGCGGCUGUCUACUAACUCAUUUAGUGCCAUGUCUGUCGUUUUGCAUCUAGUUAUAUCUAUGUACAGUACAUGUGAUAUCUACCAUACUACCAUAUCUACCAUAACAUGCGGGCGUAGUUGGUAGGCUAUCGGCUACAACAUGUAUUAUUGGAGCUACCUAGCAUCGCGUUUGCUCGUCGUCACAACUUUCUUGCCUCCUCCCUACUCCUGCUCUGCUCUGUCGUCUCGGUGAGUCCGUUUCCCUCAGACUUUUCGACCAAUAAAGUAACGCAUUGUAACGCAUGCCUUUCCGUCCUCAGUAACGGUAACAGCGUUGCCAAGAUGAGAAAAGUAAUUAAUUAGAUUACCCACUACUGAAAAAAAAAACGCCGUUAGUAACGCCGUUAUAUUGUAACGCCGUUAUUAACAACAAUGUGUAUUUUAGCUAUAUAUCGUUAUAAUCACAAUGAGUCAUGUCCAAGAGCCGACUGACUGCCACCGUUGAGUAGGUUUUAUUCAUUUUUGAUCAACGAAAACAGACAAUCUGAGAUGCUCCAGUUUUUAUUUUGUUACUUCCGGUCUCCAGUCAUGUGAAUUUGCAUAUUAAGCUAAAUAUUUAGUUCCAACCAUUUCCAGAUGUAACAUUUAGAAUAUAGGAUAUAAAUUUAUGAUUUAAAUUAGGGCUGUCAAACAAUUAACAUUUUUAAUCGAGUUAAUCACAGCUUAAUAAUUAAUCAAUCGCAAUUAAUCACGAUUCAAUCCAUCUAUAAAAUAGUCCAUAUUUUUCUGUAAAUUAUUGUUGGAAUGGAAAGAUAAGACAAAAGACGGAUAUAUACAUUCAGCAUGCUGUACAUAAGUACUGUAUUUGUUUAUUAUAACAAUAAAUCAACAAGAUGGCAUUAACAUUCUGUUAAAGUGAUCCAUGGAAAGAAAGACUUGUAGUUCUUAAAAGAUAAAUGUUAGUACAAGUCCUAGAAGUUUUAUAUUAAAACUCCUCUUAAUGUUUUUGUUUUAAUAAAAUUUGUAACAUUUUCAAUCAAAAAAAUAAACUAGUAGCUCGCCAUUGUUGAUGUCAAUAAUUACACAAUGCUUAUUGUGCUUAAACCUAUAAAAUCAGUCGCACCAAAGCGCCAACAGAGGGAGACAAAAAACACAAGUGACCGUCACACUGUGCUGUCAUUUUUAAUCUGUUUGAGCAGGGCAUGUGUGUUAAUUGCGUCAAAUAUUUUAACGUGAUUAAUUAAGAAAAAUUAAUUAUCGUCCGUUAACACGAUCAUUUUGACAGCCCUAAUUUAAAUUAAAUAUUUAGCUCUGGAUUUAAACAGGUCUAAAACUUUUUAUUAAAAAACAAAUAUUCAAGUUGCUACAUAAAAAAAGUGACUCUAAAAAUUUCACACCAUUUCAAACACUGUGUGGCGCUAAAUGUGAGAAAAUGAUGUCAUUUUAGCAUGUACUGCUUUACAAACGGCGCCCCAUACGCCUUGGCGUGUUACUUUUCGGAAUACGAGGUGUGGAAAUGUUUCUCGUCUUGACGUACGAGUGCCCUGAUGUGAAUUUUCAAAAUACAAGCUGGAGAAAUAUUGUUGGUCUUGGAACACGAGCCGAAUUGGAGAUCCGUACGAGUGCCUUGUGAAUAUUUGGGUGGAGCAAAGGUCCUGGUAGGAGGAGCCUAAAGGACGGAGGGGCGGACCUGCUGGUUGACGACGGUGUCCAGUCGCUUGACGCAGGCCUGGCAGAAGGCGUGGCCGCAGUGCAGUCGCCGCGGCAACCGCGCGCCCAGAUCGUAGCGGCCGAAGCAAACGAUGCAACGGAGAGACGGCGUCGCCGCUUUCGCCCCGCCGGCUACCUCCGUGCCAGCUUCCUUUGCUUCCUGCCACAUGGUCCUCUAAAAGCACGCACGUACAACGUUAACUCGUCGGUCGAUGUCCGAUCCGUCGGAACCGUGUCGGACCUCUAUCGACGGCGCCGAAGCGUGAUCGCCUACUGCUGAAGGGGCAGGACCCAGGCGGGCAGGGCCUCGGGACGUGGCGCGAAACUUACCCGAUGAUGUCACAUCCUGUCUUUUUUGGAUUUUUUUUUCUCUGAGGGCUUCUCCUUUUCCUCUGUGGUCGCAGUCACCUCGCCGGCUUCCUGCUUGUCCCUUCUGACAGUUUUGUUUUUUUUUAAUUGUGAUGAAAUAUUAACCAGGCCUUUCUUCCACCUAUUGGCCGCCGCCGCGGCCUAUCGGGUUACGACACGUUGCCCAGCAACAGGACACUUAUGUCACUUGAGAUUACGCGUAACUACUUUAACCAGAGACAAUGGACAUCUUUUCAAAAGUUAUCAUCAACUUAGAUCAUUCAGUGCCAGCCCAGUUGUGGUAGUUAGUAAAAGAGGGAAAAUGAUAUUGAAAUGAGCUAGUGACGGCUAUUGACGUCCAAUCCAAGGGCGUAGUGUCAUGUUGCAAUGGGACGGUAGGGACAAAACAAUACCAAUUUUUCAGGGUGCUCAAAUUGCUCAACUUUUACUUAUAUAUAAAUAUUAGGGCUGUCAAACGAUUAAAAUUUUUAUUCGAGUUAAUUACAGCUUAAAAAUAAUCGUAAUUCAUCGCAAUUCAAACCAUCUAUAAAAUAUGCCAUAUUUUUCUGUAAAUUAUAUAUAUAUUCUGUAAAAUAAAUUGUUGGAAUGGAAAGAUAAGACACAAGAUGGAUAUAUACUGUACAUUCAACAUACGGUACAUAAGGACUGUAGUGGGCAUUUCACUCUACUGUCAUUUAAAUCUGUCUAUGCUGUCCUCACUCCAAAGCGUCUAGUUUUUCCAAAGCUAGACAGCUAGUGAACGACGCCUUAAUAAUCAGACUUCUCCCUUUUUCAUCUGAUUUAUUAAUAAAAUAGCCUCAAACCAUUGUCCUCUUUAGACCGUCGUAAAACUACAACAACAAAAAGUACACAAGCAUUGCAUUAGCAACAACGUUAGCUUAGCACGCUAUACAGGUUCACUAAACAUAAAAAGCGUCUCAUACAAAAAAUAUAACAUUUCGCUUACUAACAUAAUAUGUACAUUCUUUACAACAACCAUACUUACGGACAAAUCUUGUCCAAGGAUCAUAUAAGCACAACAUUACAACAUAGGCGUCAGCCCGAGACGUCGUGCAGCCAUAUUGAAUUGGCAAGAAAACAAUAAACCAUGUCGCAAAGCGACCACAAGAGUUCGCUGUUAGACAGCACAAAAGGCCUUGCUGUAAAACUUACCAAAAGGCAGAAUACUGUCUGAGCGGGACAUGUGCGUUAAUUGCGUUAAAUAUUUUAACGUGAUUAAUUUUAAAAAUUAAUUACCGCGCGUUAACGCGAUAAUUUUGACAGCCCUAAUAAAUAUAUAUACAUACACGCCCCGGCCACUUUAUUAGGUACACCUGUACAACUGCUCGUUAACACUUUAUUUUACUCAGCCAAUCACAUGGCGGCAACUCAGUGACCGACUCAGUGACUCAAACCGAGCAUCAGUAUGGGGAAGAAAGAUGAUUUGAGUGACUUUGAACGUGGCGUGGUUGUUGGUGCCAGAAGGGCUGGUCUGAGUAUUUCAGAAACUGCUGAUCUACUGGGAUUUUCACGCACAACCAACUUCACCCCUCCCAAUCACUGAUCUUUCUGACUCCCCCCCCACUCUUCUUUUUUCCUUGGUCAUCAGACACCCCACAUGGUGUCAACCAGAAAUACAACUAGCUAACAAUAGCGCCAGCAUAUUCAUAGUUAGUGUUGGCGUUCAAUAUAUCUUGUUAUUUGUGCUUCUUCUCUCUCCUUUUCUGUCCCCCCAUAACCCAUUCCUGUUGACUGCUUUCUCCUAAUAAACGAGGCAUUUUGAAUCAUCACAAUGGAAGUAUGUCGCCUAUACAAACAAUUUGGCAUUGUGUGUAUAUAUACAGUGGGGCAAAUAAGUAUUUAGUCAACGCCAAAUUGUGCAAGUUCUACUUGAAAACAUUAGAGAGGCCUGUAAUUGUCAACAUGGGUAAACCUCAACCAAGAGGGACACAAUGUGGGGGGAAAAAAACAGAAAAUCACAUUGUUUGAUUUUUAAAGAAUUUAUUUCCAAAUUAGAGUGGAAAAUAAGUAUUUGGUCACCUACACACAAGCAAGAUUUCUGGCUGUCAAAGAGGUCGAACUUCUUCUAACGAGGUCUAACGAGGCUCCACUCGUUACCUGUAUUAUGGCACCUGUUUUAACUCAUUAUCGGGAAAAGGCACCUGUCCGUAACCUCAGUCAGUCACACUCCAAACUCCACUAUUGCCAACACCAAAGAGCUGUCAAAGGACACCAGAGACAAAAUUGUAGACCUGCACCAGGCUGGGAAGACUGAAUCUGCAAUAGGUAAAACGCUUUGAGUAAAGAAAUCAACUGAGGGAGCAAUUAUUAGAAAAUGGAAGACAUACAAGACCACUGAUAAUCUACCUCGAUCUGGGGCGCCAUGAAAGACCUCACCCCGUGUGUCAAAACGAUAAGAACGGUGAGCAAAAAUCCCAGAACCACACGGGGGGACCUAGUGAAUGACCUACAGAGAGCUGGGACCACAGUAACAAAGGCUACUAUCAGUAACACAAUGCGCCGCCAGGGACUCAAAUCCUGCACUGCCAGACGUGUCCCCCUGCUGAAGAAAGUACACGUCCAGGCCCAUCUGCGGUUCGCUAGAGAGCAUUUGGAUGAUCCAGAAGAGGACUGGGAGAAUGUGUUAUGGUCAGAUGAAACCAAAAUAGAACUUUUUGGUAGAAACACAGGUUCCCGUGUUUGGAGGAGAAAGAAAACUCAAUUGUAUCCAAAGAACACCAUACCCACUGUGAAGCAUGGGGGUGGAAACAUUAUGCUUUGGGGCUGUUUUUCUGCAAAGGGACCAGGACGACUGAUCUGUGUAAAGGAAAGCAUGAAUGAGGCCAUGUAUCGAGAGAUUUGAGUGAAAAUCUCCUUCCAUCAGCAAGGGCAUUGAAGAUGAGACGUGGCUGGGUCUUUCAGCAUGACAAUGAUCCUAAACACACAGCCAGAGCAACAAAGGAGUGGCUUCGUAAGAAGCAUUUCAAGGUCCUGGAGAGGCCUAGCCAGUCUCCAGAUCUCAACCCCAUAGAAAAUCUAUGGAGGGAGUUGAAAGUCCGUGUUACCCAGCGACAGCCCCAAAACAUCACUGCUCUAGAGGAGAUCUGCAUGGAGGAAUGGGCCAAAAUACCAGCAACAGUGUGUGAAAAGCUUGUGAAGAGUUACAGACGUCUGUUUUUGCCAACAAAGGGUACAUAACAAAGUAUUGAAAUGAACUUUUGGUAUUGACCAAAUACUUAUUAAAAAAUUUUUAAAAAAAUCAAACAGUGAUUUUCUGUUUUUUUUUUCCCAACAUUCUGUCUCUCAUGGUUGAGGUUUACCCAUGUUGACAAUUACAGGCCUCUCUAAUAUUUUCAAGUGGAAAAACUUGCACAAUUAGUGGUUGACUAAAUACUUAUUUGUCCCACUGUAUGAAAUAAUAAAAAUGAACCCAUUUUUGUUUUUCAAUUUGCAUUUGAAAAAUGGGAAUUAAAAUGAAUGGAACAAUAACAUGGUUUGAAAUAUAAAAAAAUUAUGGGAUUCAACAGCUGAAAAAAAGACAUUUUAAUGUAAUCUUCAUUAAGGUCCUAGUGGUUAUCAUAGAAAAUGUGGCUAUAGGUCUGAAAAGAAAUACAAUGGCUUUACAUUUGAAAAAAAAACUAAUAUGACUUCACAAAGAAUGUAUCGUUAUUAUCGUUACUUGUUCUUGUUGACGUGACGAUGUCAGAGAAGUGUGGACUCCUGCUCCACAACAGAAAAAAAAUCACAUUUGACUAACAUCUCAUUCAGUGCCAUUGACAGCUCUAGUCGUCUAUCGGCGUCAGUGGCAGCCAAUGUGAAGCUCUUUUUGUCCUUGUUCUAACGGUCGAUUGGUUCAGUCUUCCAUUUCACUUGACUUCAGUCGACAUCACUUCCUCCUGCAUCGGUAGCAGCAGGCGCAACGGCCGCCGCCGCUUUCGACCUCGUCCUCUGCUUCCUUGACCAGAUACGGCGGCGGCUGGAACGAGUGGAUUUGGUUUCCGUUGAGCGCCCCCGGGUUAGCGAUGACGGUGGCGUCGUCGCCCGCCCCGCGCAGUUUGGCCCGCGGGAUGCUCACCUGGCCGUACGGGUUGUCCAGCGACACUCGGAUAUUGGAUGACAUGGCCGCCGCGGCAGCCAGAACAGCUGCAAAGGAUAGAGGAAACGGUUUUCUACCUUUCCAAAGAAACGCACGUGAGACAAAAAUGCAAAAAAACGCUACAGACUGAACAAAACUCCCAGAAAACUAGCAUUGCACCAAUGCUAUCAUCGGCACCGAUACGGCACUAAAAUGACGUAAACGGUAUAUCGGGGGGAGUACAGUACUAAGAAAUACAGUGUAUCACAAAAGUGAGUACACACCUUGCAUUUCUGCAGAUAUUUUAGUAUUUCUUUUCAUGAUAACAAGAACGAUGAGCAAAAAUCCCAGAAUCACACCGGGGGACCUAGUGAAUGACCUACGGAGAGCUGGGACCACAGUAACAAAGGCUACUAUCAGUAACACAAUGCGCCGCCAGGGACUCAAAUCCUGCACUGCCAGACGUGUUCCCCUGCUGAAGCCAGUACACGUCCAGGCCCGUCUGCGGUUCGCUAGAGAGCAUUUGGAUGAUCCAGAAGAGGACUGGGAGACUGUGUUAUAGUCAGAUGAAACUAAAAUAGAACUUUAUGGUAGAAACUAGGCAUGUGCCGGUUACCGGUUUCACGGUUUACCGUGGUGUGAAAACGUCGCGGUUUCAAAACCACUAAAAUUUUCCGUCAGACUGUAGUACGGUAUUCGCCAUUUUUCAUGUGUCAAAAAUGCAGCCAGAUGUGGCGCGGCAGCGCUCACCCCCUCCCGUUUGUUUCUGUGUGUGAACGUGACACCAUCGGCUAGACAGCCAGCGAACCCAAAAACAAAUACUCCAAACAUAAGGCGUUCUUUUCUCAAUUUAUUGAGCUCUCAAAUCGUGGUAAGUGUAAUAUACAAAAUGAAUACGUUUAAAACGUUGUACAAUUGUAUUUUUCCAUGUGCAAGUAGUUUCAACAGAUUAGCACCAUGGAAAAGUUCGCCAAAAACAAAACACACAUUUUCCUUUCAAAUUCGAUAUACACACUGACUAAAAGCUUACAAAGAUGAAUGUUAGCCUAGGCUUAGCUGGGAGAGCAACUUCGUCGAGUGUUACAGCGGCAGUGAGAAAACAAGCUUGAUUCGCUUGAAUAAAGGGGAAAAGGGAUAGCAUCAUAGAUCGUUAAUUGAGAAAGAUGAUCUUGCCCUAAGCACAAAUCCACGUUCCUUAGCUCAAAGAGAGGUCUCACUCCCAAUGUUUUUUUUUUUUUUUUUUUUUUUUUUUUUUAGGAAACCUUUCCACAACAAUAUUUACAUUUUAACUAACUUUUAAAUUUUUAACCAACUUAUACUAACUUGUACAUUUUUAACUAACUUAUGAAUUCUUUUUAACACAAAGGCAUGACAUCAUGUUGACUAGAUUUGACACAGUGGCUGAAAUUGGCAAAACUUCACUUGAGCUUUUCCACCCUCCAAAAAAAAAGUGAUGCAGUAUAAAUUUUUAAAAAUUUUAUUCAGAAGUGUUUUUUUUACUUUUUGAUAGAAAUUAUUUUGUUCUUGCUCUAAUCUUGAGCUGUGGCUGUGGGUAUAGUCUAUAAGUUAUAUUUUGAUUUUAUUUAAAAUAUUAGUUUUUUUUUAUUGAUUAUUUAUUUUUACAAUAUAAUCAUGUUCCAAUUUGCAACUAUGUUCUGAAAAAAAAAUGCUGUUCAAUAGGAAAAAAAAAAUUUUUUUAACCCAUACAUCUCAAAGUAACACAUUUUGUAGCUAUAAUUGCAAUACCGUGAUACCGUGAAACCGCGGUAUUUUUGCUCACGGUUAUCGUACCGUCACUUCUCAUACCGGCACAUGCCUAGUAGAAACACAGGUUGUCGUGUUUGGAGGAGAAAGAAUACUGAAUUGCUUCUGAAUAACACCAUACCCACUGUGAAGCAUGGGGGUGGAAACAUCAUGCUUUGGGGCUGUUUUCCUGCGAAGGGACCAGAAAGAUUGAUCUGUGUAAAGGAAAAAACGAAUGGGGCCAUGUAUCGAGAGAUUUUGAGUGAAAAUCUCCUUCCAUCAGCAAGGGCAUUGAAGAUGGGACGUGGCUGGGUUUUUCAGCAUGACAAUGAUCCCAAACACACAGCCAGGGCAACAAAGGAGUGGCUUCAUAAGAAGCAUUUCAAGGUCCUGGAGUGGCCUAGCCCGUCUCCAGAUCUCAACCCCAUAGGAAAAUCUGCAGAUGGAGUUGAAAGUCCGUGUUAUCCGACAACAGCCCCAAAACAUCACUGCUCUAGAGGAGAUCUGCAUGGAGGAAUGGGCCAAAAUACCAGCAACAGUGUGUGAAAAGCUUGUGAAGAGGUACAAAAAACGUUUGGCCUCCAUUAUUAUCCAACAAAGGGUACAUAACAAAGUAUUGAGAUGAACGUUUGGUAUUGACGCUCAGCUUCUUUGGACGACCAACCCGAGGCCUGUUCCGAGUGGACCCCGCUCUUUUCAAACGCUGGAUGAUCUUAGCCACUGUGCUGCAGCUCAGUUUCAGGGUGAAGGCAAUCUUCUUGUAGCCUUGGCCAUCUUCAUGUAGCGCAACUAUACGUCUUUUAAGAUCCUCAGAGAGUUCUUUGCCAUGUGGUGCCAUGUUGGAACUUUCACUGACCAGUAUGAGAGAGUGUGAGAGCUGCACUACAAUUUUGAACACACCUGAUCCCUAUGCACACCUGGACCUAGUAACAUUAACGAGUCACAUGACAUUUUGGAGGGAAAAUGACAAGCAGUACUCAAUUUGGAUAUUUAGGGGUGUCAUUUCUAAGGGGUGUACUCACUUUUUUUGCCAGGGGUUUUGAUAUUAAUGGCUAUCUUUUGAGUUAUUUUGAGGGGAAAAUAAAUGAACUCUAUUAUAUAAGCUGCACAGACUACUUUUCAUUGUGUCAAAGUGUAAUUUUGUCAGUGUUGUUCCAUGAAAAGAUAUAACGUAAUUUCCGGACUAUAGGCCGCUACUUUUUUCGUUCAUUUUGAAUCCUGCGGCUAUUUGGGUUAAUUGGCAACACAUGCAUCCUAGCAUGCAUUGCAGCACUACAGAUCUAAGUAACAAUCAAAAUUCAUGUUCUGUGCUAAUUAUCUGUGCAUUUACUGUUCCAGUUUCAUUAAUUGCUUGUUAUGGUAUUUGAUAACACUUUAUUUGACAGCGGCGUCAUAAGACUGUCAUAACACUGUCAUAGUUAUGACAUAAGACUGUCAUGGGCAUUACUGAAUGCUUAUGACAGAUGUCAUUAAGUGUCAUCCAGCAAAUUAUGUUUCCAACUCCAUUAAUGUCCAGCUUGGAUCUUUUAAAUCCAUUCAAAGUGAGAUAAUUUGGCGAAUAAAACUAAAAGAUAACUGU